AUGGAAUCAUCAACUUCAUUAUCUACGAACGUAUUAGCAUCAGCGCCAGUCGAAAUUAAUACCAUAAAGAAAAUUGAAUAUCCAUUCUGGUUUGGAGGAGCUGCAUCAUGUAUUGCAUGUACCGUUAGCCAUCCUUUGGACUUAACUAAAGUGAGAUUACAAACAACGCAAGGAUUAAACAAAGCAUCAACAAUUUAUACAAUGAUACGAAUAGUAAAGGAUGAAGGUAUUAGAGGAUUGUAUAGUGGAUUAUCCGCUAGUAUAUUAAGACAAGCUACUUAUUCUACAAUGAGAUUUGGUGCUUAUGAAAAAUUAAAGACUGCAAUAUCAAAAAAUCAAGGAUGCAUUGGAGGAGCAUUCGGUAAUCCAGCAGAUUUAGUUAUGGUUCGUAUGCAAAAUGAUGCAAAGCAGCCAUCACAUAUGCGUAGAAAUUAUAGAAACGCUUUUGAUGGAUUGUAUCGUAUUGUGCAAGAAGAUGGUCUUAAAGGUCUUACAAGAGGAAUUGUACCAAAUAUGAAUCGUGCUAUUUUAAUGAAUUCUUCUCAAUUAGCUUCUUAUGAUCAAUUUAAACAAAUGUUAUUAUCUACUAAAUUUUUUAAAGAUAAUAUUAUUACUCAUUUUACUUGUAGCGUUUUAGCGGGUUUAGUAGCUACAACUAUUUGUUCACCUGUUGAUGUCAUCAAAACUCGUGUUAUGAAUUCUUCAUCAGAAGCAAAGAGUAUUUUAGUAGUUUUAACAACUAUAAUUAGUAAAGAAGGACCUUUGGCAUUAUUUAAAGGAUGGGUACCGGCUUUUGUUAGAUUAGGGCCACAUACCGUUGUUACCUUUAUGGUACUUGAACAGAUUAAGAAUUUAUAUCAUAAGAAGUUGGAUUUAAGUGUUAAAAAAACUGAACCUGCAACCGCUUAA